AUGCACGCACCGUCCCCACGCGGCGCUCCCCCGGACGCGCACUCCGUCGAGCACCUGCCCCACGGCGGCCCCCUCCUCCACCGCCUCCUCCCGGCGUGCGCCACCCUCCCCUCCCUCCGCGCCCUCCACGCGCGCCUCCUCGCGCACGGCCUCCUCCGCGCCCUCCGCGCGCGCACCAAGCUGCUCAGCUGCUACUCGGCGCUCGGCGACCUCGCCUCCGCGCGCAGGGUGCUCGAUGAAACCCCGCGCCCGGACGCCUACACCUACAGGGUCGCCCUGGGGUGGCACGCCUCCGCGGGGCGGCACGCGGAGGCCGUCGCGCUCCACCGGGGCAUGCGGCGGCGGUGCCCCGAGGCGCAGGACGACGUCGUCCUGCUGUCCCUCGCGCUCAAGGCCUCGGUCAGGUCGGCCGACUUCCGCUACGGCAGGCGGCUGCACUGCGACGCCGUCAAGGCCGGUGGCGCGGACGGGUUCGUGAUGAACUGCCUGGUCGACAUGUACGCCAAAGCCGGCGACCUGGAGAACGCACGCAAGGUGUUCGACAGGAUCCUUAGCCGUAACGUGGUGUCGUGGACGUCCAUGCUCAGCGGCUGCCUGCAGAAUGGUUUCGCCGAAGAAGGACUGGCGCUGUUCAAUGAGAUGAGGGAAGAGCGUGUGCUGCCGAGCGAGCACACGAUGGCGAGCGUGCUCACGGCUUGCACCAUGCUCGGCAGUUUACACCAAGGAAGAUGGGUUCAUGGGUCAGUGAUCAAACAUGGCAUGGUCUUUAACCCUUUCGUUACUGCAGUGAUGCUGGAUAUGUAUGUCAAGUGCGGAGAGGUAGAGGAUGCUCGGCGGUUGUUUGAUGAGCUUGGUUUUGUUGACCUUGUUCUCUGGACGACGAUGAUCGUGGGGUAUACGCAGAAUGGGAGUCCUCUUGAUGCAUUGCUUCUGUUCGCUGACAAGAAAUUCGUGCGCAUUGUUCCUAAUUCGGUAACCAUAGCAACUGUUCUUUCAGCUUCCGCUCAGUUGCGCAACUUGUCUCUGGGAAGGUUGAUUCAUGGGAUGUCAGUUAAGUUAGGUGUGGUUGAGAAGGAUGUGGUGAUGAAUGCGCUCGUUGACAUGUAUGCAAAGUGUAAAGCAGUGUCAGAGGCCAAUGGCAUAUUUGGAAGAAUCUCGAACAAGGAUGUUGUCACAUGGAAUUCAUUGAUCGCUGGCUAUGUUGAGAAUGACAUGGGCAAUGAAGCUCUAAUGCUAUUUAGUCAGAUGAGGGUGCAGGGUUCUUCGCCUGAUGCCAUCUCCGUAGUGAACGCCUUGUCAGCCUGUGUUUGUUUGGGUGAUCUACUUAUCGGUAAAUGUUUCCAUACUUAUGCUAUCAAACGCGCAUUUCUGUCCAACAUUUACGUCAACACUGCUCUGCUGAACCUGUACAACAAGUGUGCCGAUCUCCCAUCUGCUCAGAGGGUGUUCAGUGAGAUGAAUGACCGCAAUUCUGUCACUUGGGGUGCUAUGAUUGGAGGCUACGGUAUGCAGGGCGAUUCUGCUGGCUCGAUCGACCUUUUUAAUGAAAUGCUGAAGGACAAUAUCCAACCAAAUGAAGUAGUGUUCACAAGUAUCCUUUCCACUUGCAGCCACACUGGGAUGGUUUCUGUAGGAAAGAAGUGUUUUGAAAGCAUGGCACAGUAUUUCAACAUCACUCCUUCAAUGAAGCAUUAUGCAUGUAUGGUUGAUGUGCUGUCCCGUGCCGGAAAUCUGGAGGAGGCAUUGGAUUUCAUACAGAAGAUGCCAAUGCAAGCAGACAUUAGUGUCUGGGGAGCUUUUCUCCAUGGGUGCAAGCUCCAUUCCAGGUUAGAGUUUGGAGAAGAAGCGAUCAAUAGGAUGAUGGUUCCUCAUCCUGACACGCCAGCUUUUUAUGUGCUGAUGUCCAACUUGUAUACCUCAUAUGGGAGAUGGGAUAAGUCUCUUGCUAUCAGGAGAUCGAUGCAGGAAAGAGGACUAGUCAAGCUACCUGGGUGCAGCUCUGUGGGACUUGAAAAUGGAUGAAUUAGAUGUUCUGUAACAAAGGCCAUAGAGUUGUAUUUUUUCACACCUGAUCGGUCCAUAGAGUUACUGAUUAUUCAGGAGAAUCUCUCUUUGUAUCUCCUGUGUACACUCAUAUCUUAUGGCAGCGAGAUCCAGAAUUAGGAUGGUGUAAUGUAGACUGUGGAGUGUGUUGUCUGGUUCCUGAGGAUAUGGCUCAAAUUUUGGAAUGAACCCUGAAACAGUGAGGAUAACUGAUAAGGUCAAAUUUUAAAAUAAAAUCUGAGGUGAUGAGUAUACCUGGCAAGUGUUGGCAGAACAUUAUAAGGCUGUUCAUGUUGAAGCUACAUGGUGACAUGAGAUAUUCAGAUUUUCAGGCCUCACCAAAAUGUACUGUUAGAACACACUGUUGAUGUUGAUAUGCUGCUGGUCUGCCAUCACAAGGCUAUAACCAUAUCAACACUAACAAAGUUCUUGAGGCUAGGCUCAUCUGGGCCCAUGAUUCAUGAAGAAGCUUUGUUUGCCUCCAGCGCAUGGUAAAAUGCCUGGUUGUCUAUACUGAAUGACAUCUGGAUCCUGACUGCAAGCGGCCAAAGACUGAGGAGCUAGCAGGCAGAACACAUGUCUCGAAAUCUGGAAUGGCACACACUUUGACUGGCUGAAGAAGAUUCUGCCAUGACCAAGACGGGGUAGCUCAGCAGCAAACCUAUGAUAGCCAAUGCUGAAAUACUGCAGUUCAUUCAGCAUCUUAAGCAAAAGAGCUGCCCUCGAUAACUUUUUUUUUUGUGAUAAAGAGCGCUCCCUCCGAUCUCCAUUAGCAGAAACCACAUUGUUAUUACAGCCACCAUCGAUAACUUUCUCUCAAGAAUCUAUUGUGAAGUAAUGAUUUGUUACCAGGAAAGCAAGUACUAACAAAACUUGUGUUCUGGCUUCUAGCAAUGUUGGUUAACACUUUUAACCAUACUUGUAGAAAAGCACAAAUUAUUCUGUAGCUCGCAUGUUAUGCCAAUUGGCAAUCAAAUAUUACAAUUUACGAUCCAUUACAA